AUGGGGACGCAGUGGAGCAAGGCCAUCCACGGCACUCCCGACUACCCUGUGGGCGAUGAAAUGCAGGAACUCUUCGAAUCGCUGGGGUUCACCGUUUAUGACAUGAACAACAUCUACUAUGCAUUACUAGACAAGUCUGGCGCCAUCAACGUAUACGAAUUCCUCGAAUACUUUGAGCUCACCAAGACCGAGUUUUCCAGAAAGACCUUCAACCUCAUGGACAAAGAUGGCAGCGGGCAAGUCGACUUUGAAGAAUUCGUGCUCGCGCUGUGGAAUUUCUGCUCGUUCACCCAAGAAAGCCUCACGCGAUACUCGUUUAGUCUGUACGACUCGGACGGCAGCGGUGAAAUCGAUUUGAACGAGGCCGAGUACUUUGUCCAGGAAAUGUGGGGAGGCAAGUGGCACACCAACAAGAACGCCGAGCACAUCAUGAACAAACUGACUGCUAUAGCUACCGCCAGCGACGGGUGCAUCCCCAUUGAGAAAUUUGUCCAUUUUGCCCAUGAUAACCCUCUCAUGAUGUUUCCCGCAUUCCAGAUCCAACACGACAUGAUGGACAAGAUAUUAGGCGAACACUUUUGGACGAAAAUCGCAGAUCAGCGGCAAAAGAACCAGCGCACGGACAGCAAAUUCAAAUGCAUUGAAGACAUCUUGCAAGGCUUUAAUGCCAACCACGCCGUGCUUCGGCAGGUCAAGGACGUCCUAUCCGAAACGAGCACUCGAUCUCAGAGGUUUUCGUUUGCCGAAUCGUUUCGGUCCAAAGUUGGCGCGCUCAGCCAACGACACAAAUAUGCAAAGAAACCCCCUCCCGAUACCCCGCCCGUGGUCGUGCAGGUGAAAAAGAAACACAAAAAGAAGCCCAAUCAAGGCAAGAUGAUGGCGGUACCAGCAACGAAGCCGCUGGUCCAGUGA